CCUGUUUGCAAAACCCCUAUUUUUCCAUAUUUAGUCUCCGUGGAUUUACCAAACAGCGUGUGCAGGGUAUCUAAUCUGAAGAGUGAUAUAGCCCGGUUGUAACACUUGGCCACUGGGUGUCACCAUUGAUCUCCGCUGUCUCAACGGAAGGUUUAAAAACACAUAGCCUGCUCCUCUUCAGUGGAAAUGAGAGACGUCAAACAAGAAAGUGAUCAAAAGAGAAGUAAGCGACAAGACAAAGUGCUUUAUUCUCUAUUGAGCAUAAUCCUCUGCAAUGUUGAAUACACUUGUUUGAUGGAUUUUAACCCUUUCAGAACAAAGUACAUUUUCAGGGUUUAUAACUGUUUUGAAGAACCCCUUCAACUCCAUGCUUUCUCGUACUGUGUGGGACUCCUGUGUUUCGAACUGGAGGAAGGGUUAGUCCGUCCUUGAAGUACUAAGUACAGUUAAACCCAGUGCAGGCAGUGGUUAUGUCUUCAAUAUGACCGCCCCUGGAAUGUGCGAAGCGUGGUUCGGGUUAACAGGAAGUCAAGUGAAUUACUAACAGAAGAAUUGGAACUAAGUACCACACCCUGGCUCACUUACAGGGUGUUGAAAGGGAUCGUCACUAUACAGAAGUCCCUUUGAAAAAUGAAGAAUUGCACAGAGAGGAGAGGAGAGGAACUGCGGUAGGGUCGCCAACUUUGGAUGGGGGUGAAACCUGGAACCAAAGUUGUUUUGUUCUAGUCCUGGUCUUUGUUCUAACCCUGUUCUACGUUGAUUAACUGUACCAAUUAAACAUCCAUCUAGACACUGAAGUAGUUCAUGGACUUGUUUUACCUGUAAAACCUGGAGUGGAAUAGCCCUCCAGGACUGUGAUUAGACACCCCUAUGUCAGCCUCUACCUAACAGCAAAGCAGACAGAUAGUGGAACUACAAUGGCAAUGCAAUGGACCUGUAUUAAGGAGAAAUGGUAGCCCAGUUGUGUAUCCUAAGAGAGGAGAAUAGCAGCUGAUUUAUAGCAUGGGGGGAAUCAAUACAGAGUCCUUGAAUAGAAAGAAUGUUUUGUAAAGAAACAAAAGAAAUCAAGUUGGGUCUUGUUUCUGCAGAACUGUUGUUGUAGAAAUACCAGGUCAUGUGAUUUCCAGGAAAGUGAAACUGUGAAUGAACUGACCAAUCAGAGCAUGAGGUAGCUGGAAUUGGCGGCACCUGCUGGUUAACUAGGCUGGCCCUGGCUGUAACAAAGCCAGUCCAACUAAGACAGGCUCUGCGACACUGCGCAGGAAGACUGAAGCGAAACGCAGGAUAAAUAAAGUUACUCUUUUGCACACGUGUGAAGAUGGCAGUUUGGACUGUCGGAAGUGCUGUGCUUCUACUGACAGUGAACCUCUGUGCAGCAUGGACGAACGGGAAUGUGAGGCUGGUUGGGGGACAGACGCCAUACGAGGGACGCGUGGAGGUUUACUACAGCGGAGAGUGGGGGACAGUCUGCGAUGACAACUGGGACCUUGCAGCCGCACAUGUGGUGUGUCGCUCACUGGGGCUUAAGAAUGCAAGCGAGGCCGUCGUGGGAGGGACGUUUGGACCAGGCUCAGGCCCCAUCAUGCUGGAUGACAUCUCCUGUCAGGGGACGGAAUCUUCGCUGGCCCAGUGCAGAUCCAAAGGCUGGCACGUCAACGACUGCAAACACGAGGAGGACGCUGGGGUCAAGUGCCAACCAAAGACCAUGCUGGAUAACACAAUGACGUACACCCUGGACCGGAGCGCGGAGUUCUCUGAGGUGCUGGGGGAUUUGUAUGAAAGCCAGCGGGACUGUGAUUUCAACAUCACUGUGGUGUCCGCUGGGGAGCCGGAGAGCGCGGAAUCCAUCUGCACACACAGACUUAUCCUGUCCCUCAACGCUGAGGCCACCUUCUUCAACCUCACCCACCUCAACAACUUCACCAUGGAGGUGGUGAAGGAAUGCCGACCCUUCGUCACUGACUUCCUCAAGUACCUGUACACCAAACAAAUAGACAUCACCUUGUCUUCAGCUCAGUGCAUCCACAAACUUGCAUCUGAUUACAAUGUGAAGGCUCUACAAGAGUAUGCCGGCCAGCUCUUCUCCUCGCUACUCCCCCAGGACCCCUCCUUCGAGAGCCAGGUCUCCCUGUACGACUACGCCCUAAGCACUGAGGACCCCCUGCUGAAGGAGACCUGUCUGCAGUACCUGGCGUGGAACUGUGAGGCCCUCGCUAACUCCUCAGUGUGGUCCAGGCUGGGGGCAGAGGUGCUGGGGGCCCUGCUCUCCCGCUCCGACCUGGUGGUUCCUGACGAGAUCUUCCUCCUGCAAGCCCUCGAGAGAUGGAUCCUGGUGAAGUGGGAGAACGCUGACAGCAGUAACGGCAGUACCAACCUCCAGGUGGAGAGGGAGUUGUUGGGAUGGAUCCGCUUCCCCAUGAUCCCUCCUGAGCAGCUCUAUGACAUCCAGUUCAACUCCUCGGUCUACCUGAGCCAGCCUGCACUCUACCAGGCCAGAAUCCUUCAGGGGCUCCAGUUCCACACUGUAUCCUAUCAGAAGCUCAAGAUCCACACUGAUAGGGUGACAGAAGACUACAGCCCGAGGAUUUAUACCUCACCCACAUGGAGCUACACCUAUACAGCCACCACAAACAAUUACAACUACCAAUACCAGUACAAUAACGGGUACUACGGAAGCGGUCAGAGUGGUUCGUUUCAAACCCCAAAGCACCCAAGUCUACUCUUCCAGUCCCAGAUGUUAUACUGGUCUGUCGGGGUCCACAUGUCCAGGGAGAGCUGCUGGAACAGAGGCUACAGCUGUGAGUACAGCUCCUACCCUGUUGCCACGCUCACCGGCCAGUCUUCUGACGCUUCCAUCCGCUACGACAACAAGGUCCUCCUGAUCUGCAAUGAUGCCUACGUCUCUCACGUCCAGGAAUUCAAAAACGAUGUGGCGCUGCUGCCUUCCAACAGCACCCUCCUGCAGUCCUUCCCCUGCCUGUCCACAUACACCACUUUCAAGUUCGUAGUGCGUCCCCAGUACAACUUCUACAACUGAGGGUCUCCCUCCUCCACGGAGACUCAUGCUUACAGAGCCAGUAGUAGUUACAUUAGACAGGCCUUUAACUAGGGUUUAGCUUCGCUGGGUAAGGUUUAUUAAGAUUGUAUGAUUAAGAAUGUUAUUAUACCAAUUUUAUGCCUAAAUUAGCUCCACUGAAACUAGAAGGAAAUAAGACAGUUCAUCUUGCAUUCACUGGAACUACAAUAGUAAGGGUUUGUUCAUAUAUUGUAAUCAUAUAAUAGUGCUGUAAUGCCUUAGACAUUAAGCUAGCAUAAAAAGGGGUUCAAGUUGUGUAAAAAUCAUAAUUGUUGUCUUGUUUUGUGCAAGGAUUGCUGAUAGUGUGCUAUGGAUGUAUAUAUGUAUUUGGAACUGGCAUAUUUAUCUACGUUGAUUUAAAUGAUGGUCAGACAUGUGUCUGCAAAGUUACUCUUGUGCAUUGUAAUCAGAGUUGUGGUGAACUCUGGUAAAAUCCUUGAUCCUGACCAACAUAAUAAACUGUUGAUUUAGUUAUAAACCUCA